AUGGAAAUUGCUCGAUCAAAAAAGGGAAUUGUUGUCUCGCAACAAAAAUAUGUCAUUAAUUUAUUGAAGGAAACUGGCAUGUUUGGCUGUAAACCUGCUGAUACACCUAUGUACUAUACUAUAAAGGUGGGAGUUGCAGAAGGAAGUGCUCCAGUUGACAAAGGAAGAUAUCAAAGACUUAUUGGAAAACUUAUCUAUCUUUCUCACACUAGGUCUGAUAUCAGUUUUUCUGUCAGCAUGGUUAGUCAAUUCAUGAAUAAUCCAACUGAGGAACACAUGGAAGCUGUUUAUCGGAUUUUAAGAUAUCUAAAAAUGACUCUAGGAAGGGGAUUGUAUUUCAAGAAAACACAAAAAAAAGAUGUGGAGAUAUUUACCCACGCUAAUUGGGCUAGUUCCAUAACUGACCGAAGAUCAACUUCAGGGUAUUACACAUUUGUGUGGGGAAACUUGGUUACCUUGCGUAGCAAGAAACAACUAGUGGUAGCAAGAAGCAGUGCAAAAGCAGAAUUUAGAGCUGUGGCACAAGGAAUCUGUGAAGGAAUUUGGUUAAGAAGACUUUUAUAG